AGCUCUCUUCCCCUGGGGCCCCGCUCCCCGGGGGCGCGAAUUUCCCUUACGAUCCUCCGUCUGCUUUUACCAUUGACAUGGCCCCAAAACCCCGUCGUUUAACUGUAACCUCUUAUUCCAUUUCCACUUCCUUUUCAUCCUCCUGAGAAUCCUGCCUCCGUCAGUGAAUUGUACCUGCCAUCUCCCUGCCUACCUCGGCAUUUGGGAUUCCAUCUCAGAAACUUGAUUUGGGCAUCUUCUGUUUAUGCCCUUAAGCAAUCCUCUAUAGAGUGUUCGAGCCAAAUGGAGGAGUUCCUACUGUACGCUAAAUUGGAAGAUGUAACUUGUCCAAUAUGUUUGGAUUUCCCCCACAAUGGAGUUCUCCUCCAAUGCUCAUCGUAUGAUAAAGGAUGCAGGCCUUUUGUUUGUGACACAGACCAUCUACACUCAAAUUGUUUGGACAGAUAUAAACAAGCAUAUGGAACUUUAUCUGGAUCACAAUCACCUUUGAUAUCUGAUGCAACACCUAGUGAGAGCAUGAAUUUGGCAAAUCUAGAUGCAAGUGGCAGGCCAACGUGUCCGUUAUGUAGAGGAGAAGUGACUGGUUGGGUAGUUAUUGAUGAAGUUCGCAAGAGUUUAGAUGAAAAGAAACGUUCCUGUGAAGAGGAAAAAUGUAGAUAUAAAGGGACCUACAUGGAACUUCAGAAACAUGCUCAACUCGAGCAUCCUCAUUCCCGUCCUUCGAAAAUUGAUCCCGCACGGCAACUUGAUUGGGAAAAUUUCCAGCAAUCCUCUGAAAUUAUAGAUGUUUUGAGCACCAUUCAUUCAGAAGUACCCCGGGGGGUGAUUUUGGGCGACUAUGUGAUCGAAUAUGGGGAUUAUCACUCCGAAGAUGAAUUGGAGGAAUUCCGUAGAGAUGAAGGAAACUGGUGGACAUCGUGUAUUCUUUAUCACGUAUUUGACAAUCUUAGGGCAUCUAGAAACAGAAGAAGGUCCAGAGUCAGUAUUCCAAGGAGAGCAAACCACCAUUCAAGUUAUACUUCCAACUCAGAUGAUGGUUCAGUGGCAUCUGUAGAGUUUCCUGAUUAUAGGACUGAGGAGACUGAUGAUGAUUUAGUGAGUUCAAGAGGCCCAUCAAGGGUUGGAGCUGAUGAUCGCAGCUCACGUAGACGACGUUCACGCUUCUAUGACAGUUAGGUUUACCAGUGCAACCAAGUCCAGUGGACGAAAGGUUGAUGGAUAGGUGGAAGCUUGUUUUGAAGCUAUGAUGAUAAAACGGGCAAUUGAUGGCGAUUAGUAUUUAUCCGAGUUUACUUGGUCAAACGAAGUUGGACUGUCCCAUCUGAAGGGUAAAUGCCUCAAAUGAAACUAGGCUUAAAAAGUCAUCGAAGGGUUAACUGAAGCUUUGAUAGGUGAAAUAACUUGUUGAUUUACUGGAGUUUACCUUCCUAUGUAAGAUAUGCACAAGAACUGUGUAUGUGUAAAGUUUCAAUCAACAGUAGCUAGGCACUGCUUCUAUUCCCCUGUUGACUUAUGAGUCAGCCUGUACUUAAAUCUUUUGAUUCUGUACAUUAUGGAUAUUUUUGUUGGACGACUGAUGCAGCACGACUAAGCACAAAAUUUUCUGCAA